AUGACUUUGGGGCCCGCCCACCACAACCUCUCGCAACCAUAUCCUCUCCCCGUCACAUAUUCUUGUCCAUAUGUUACCUACGGGGCUGCACUUGGACACGUUCCCGUCGAGCUCGCGCUUGACACCGGCGUUCACCGUCAGUGGCGCACCUUCUUCCGCGCCGCCUGCCGCAGGUACGCCCUCCUGGAUCACCUCGACUUCGAUGCCCCCGACGCGCCGAACCCGGAGUGGUCUCUCCUCGACGCCACCGUCAUCUCUUGGCUCUAUGGGUAUGUCUCGCUCAGCAUCCUCGACGCCGUCAUGACGCCCGGUGACGAUCCCCUCGCCGUCGAUCUCUGGAACAGCAUCAACGGUCUCUUCAACGACCACAAGAUCAAUCGUCAGCUCCACCUCACGGCCGAGCUCGGCGAUGUCAAGAUGGGAGAGAUGAACAUGGCCGACUAUCUUCAGAAGGUAAAAUCCCUCUCCGAUGGGCUUGCGGAUCUUGGCUCCCCCGUUGAUGAUGCCGAGAUGGUGGUCCACUGCCUCAAUGGCCUCUCCGAGCAAUACGAGGCCGCUGCCGAUCUGAUCUCCCUCAUGUCGGGCAUGACCUUUGCGCAGUGCCACUCGUUGCUCGUGCUCUAG